AUGAUUCCUGCUGGUGGGGUGUGGUGGGAGCGCUAUAAACCCACCUCAACAGAGUAUCCAAAUCACGGAGUAACACCUGGCAAUUGUCGCGAGUGUCAUUUAAUUGGAUUUUUUCCCCUUGUUCGACAUGUGCAAAUGUUCCAAGAUAUGCGUGAUUUUGGAAUCUAUUACGACAACUUCAACUUUGGCCGCCGUGGCUUUGAUGGAAAAGAGUUCAUAGCAUUUGGGAAAAAAGCUUUCAUUUGA